UGGGAAUGACAGCGUUGUCCACGACAUGGUCAAUGUGUACGUCUGCAAUGGACAAUGUCAUACCGGUAACUGACCAUCACAAUGUUCAGCCACCACAGACUUCACAAGCUUCAAGUAAUAGGAUACUCCCAGCUCCAAGUCCGGAGGUAUUGGAUGUACUACGCGGACUAAUGCGACCAGAUGUACAGUGUUACCUAACAAAAUUAGUCGAAGCAUUUACAGACGGACAACCGGAUAACACAGACUUCCAGGUAAACAAGCCACGACGACCUCUCUGUAUUGACCAGCACAUCAGCAACGAAACUGAAGAACAUUUAUAUACUCUUCCGCAGGACUCCGCCCCACAGAUGGUCAACAUGAAUGACAGUAUAAUAUCAGGCAAAGGACAUGCGGCAAAUCGUCCAUCAGAAGGCACCCCGCAAAUGGCAAAACUUCUCGAUGAUUCGGAUGUCAUGGUGUCCAAGGAUGGCUUAAGGAAAGCGGUGUCCGCAGCAAAAAAGAGCAGUAAGCCGGGUUUUACUCUCUGUUAUAAGUUGCUCGCAGAGCUGUUUAACUUAGAAGAACUUGCUGCCUCUCGAGGACAAGGUAUUGGAAAUACCAAAGACAAGGAAAAACCAGUCCUCGAUAAAGUUAGGACUCAGGCCCUCAAAAAUUACGUUGUGAUAUGGUGUCGAAAAAACGACCAUGCUGCACCAAGUGAGCAAACGCUGAACAGUGCAAUAACAGAAAGAAUUUGUUAUGCAAGAAAACAAUGUGUAAAGCAAAUGACUCGGUGAUUUAUGGUUGUGUACCAGAAAUGUAAUAAAUGUAUGUAAUAUUGAGGAAUAAAUUCCAAACUGUAAGUAUUGGUUUGUAUCUUA